UCAAUAUUACCUAACACUUAAUAAACUGAGCUAGUGGCACGUAGGCCCGUGUCUCCGGCGACUCUACGUGAUACCUAGAUGUGUCCCAGGGACUGAUUCGUUAAUACAUUUGGCGGCACAAUGCCAUACAACGGUGAUACAUAAACCCUAACGUGACAGAUAACACUUUGACGAGCAACUAUUUCACUAUUACAUAACACUUAAUAAACUGGGCUAGUGGCACGUAGGCCCGUGUCUCCGGCGACUCUACGUGAUACUUAGAUGUGUCCCAGGGACUUAUUCGUUAUUACGUUCGAUGGCACGUGUCGCCUGCUGGCUGCCCCGUGCGGGCUAAAACUAAGUAGCCUGUAGGCUAAGUUGAGGUGUGAAGCACCGACGUAAAUUCUCAUAAACUUCCCACAGUACGUACGUAUGACGUAGAACACUCAUCUUGGAGCACUGAUUUAAUUAAGUUAAAUACCUCAUGGUAGAUUUAGGCCGACCGCGGAACUAUAUGUAAAAGUUUGAAAAGAUAUUACACUAUUGAAAACUACAUGUCGGUGAAAGCAAAGGUUGAUGGUUCCGCGUUGCGCGCAGGCUGCCGGCCUGUUCGAGCUCCGGAAGGACACUCCCGGUGUCGCCGCGCGCGCACAGUGAGACAUAAUUAUGACAGGACUGAAUUAUUAAUUAAUGAAAAAUAAUGUUUAAUAAAAACCUGUGGAAAAUAUAAUUAAAAUAAUUUGUUGUAGUGCGGCGGAGGGAUAUGCCACACCCGGCACGAUCCUUCCGCCGGCGCAGCACUCGUUGCAUGGCGUUCGCCUCGUCGCACGCACUACACUUUGCUGCGCGCACGGGUGCGUUCGGUGCACACGCUUUUGCGAGACGUUGAUGAGGCAUAGCGGUCUAUGCGACAUAGGGGAGCAUUGGCGGUCGGCGUCAGUAUAUGUUAGCUGUAAUGCCCAGUAAUGAUGCAGCAGUGAUGUAACGGAAUUCUCAUAAUGCUGCAUGUAUCUGUCUACUCUUCAGUCUUCGUAAUGACUAGCGAUUGACCCUAUCAAAUUGCUUUUAUUUUUUAUAUUCAUUUGAGCUCAUACCCGCAUCCUCACUGUUCAAAAUUAUUAUUUAUUGUUAUAUAAAAAAAUACUAGUAUAUCUUUACUUAGACAAGAAGUACUACUUCUGUCGUGCAUGGAUUCGAAGCACAUAUAAUUUUUGUUAUUAUUGUUAUUAUAAUUUGAAUAUUUUACUAAUUAACGGUAUUCAUUGACUUUUACAUAUCUCUAGGUAAUUGGUAUUUAGUUUUUAAGAUUUUGAAUUGUUGGCCAUCCUGGUUACGUAUUCAUUUCUUUAAAAAAUUUUCUGCAGUGAUGUACUUUAUUUAAGCCGACCUCCGUAGCGUAGUCGGAUGCACACCGGCUCACGGUGCGAGGGGUCCUGGGUUCGAGUCCCGGGUAAGGCAUGGGUGUACCAUAUAUAUUCUGAUAUUUGAUGACGAUUUGAAAUUGAGAUACCCACUGAAUAUAAUGACACUUUGGCUGUUGGCGAAAAGCUGUAGGCCACAUAAUUAAAAAAAAAAAAAAAAAUGUACUUUAUUUACUCUAUGGUACAUGUGUUCUGUUCAAGGUUUAUAUCUUAGGUUAUGGUUAUAUGGAAAGAAAUAUUGGUUUGAAUGCGCGCGUUUGUGAGAAAUUACAGUAUGUGUGACAUGCCUGCAUAUAUUAGUACUUUGCAAUAAAUUACAAGAUAAUAUUAGAAUGUUUGUUGGUGGAAGACGCAAAAAGCAGAAGUUAUCGCGCUAUUCUUGCGAGACGUCAUGGAAUGCAGAAAGCAAUUUUGGCAAGAAUUUAAUGGAGAAGAUGGGCUGGACUACAGGCUGUGGUCUCGGCAAGAACUUGCAAGGCCCGCCCAAUAACAUUAGAGUAUGUUUUAAGAAUGACAAUAAAGGUAUGGGGUUCAAAAGCACAGCAGAGGACUUGGAGCACCAGGAUACUUUUAACAAGUUGCUGGAGGAGCUGAACGGAGGCGUGAAGCACGAGGUGAAAGUCAGCUCCUUGGAACAGCAGUCGCAGCAGUCUCGAGCGCGACUCCAUUACCAGAAGUUUACUCGAGGGAAAGACUUAAGUCGGUGCUCAGGUAAAGAUUUACAGGCCAUUCUGGGCAAGAAUGUAACCUGUAAUGAAGAAGAUAUUGAUAAGAAAUUUGGUGCAUUUACUAUAAAUGGUGGAAAUACUAAUGACUAUUUCAGAAAAAAACUAAUUAAUGAAUCGGGUUUUGAUGCAAAGAAAGAAUAUACUCACGAAGUCAAUUUUCCAGAUGAUUUACAUGAAUCUAAUGAAAUUAACUACCACGAAAAUAAAAGUUUAAGUGUUGUUCCCAAAGUUGAAGAAUACUUUGAGUCUGCCAGUCAAGGUGCUGUUACGAACACUUCCAUCCACACACAUGGGGCCAGAAAACGUAAGAAAAAGUUGAAGACUAGAGUGCAAGAAUUUGUCAGUCAGGUAGUAGAGUCCGAAUGUGCAGAAAUCAAAAGUGAAUAUGUUUCGGUCAGCUUUAAAAAAAAGAAGGUAAAUGAAAUUGAAGCCUGUGUUUCAGAAAUGCUAGUUGAUUUAAGUGACAAUAAAGAAGUGCUACAUAAAAAGAAACACAAGUUACAUAAAAGAAAAGACAGAAAACAUAAAGUUCUUGAAACCACACUUAGUGAAGAUGAGUUGAAUCAUGAGAAUGUAAAGAAAGAAAGAAAAAUAGUUAGCAAUAUUUGUGAACCUGUUGAAGAAAUGUGUGAUAAUGAAGAUAAAAUUGUUUUUGAGGCAAGUCAUGAUCCGAUGUUAGAAGGCAGUGAAGUAGUGAUAUGUGGUGAACAAGAUUCCACUUUGUGCAAAAAAAAGUCAAAGAAGAAGAAAAGGAAAACAUCUGAAAAACAUGAAAUGUGUGAUGAGAAACAUCUGGCAGAAGAUGUGCUGCAGGAAAGCAUAACAACGGGUAUAAGCAAAACCCCAGCUGUAAACGAUUGUGGAUUUAAAGGGUCAAACAUCAUGUGCAUUAAAGGAUAUGGUGUUUCAUAAAAAUUAAAUUUCUUUUUAAAAA